GCCAAGCCCGAGACGCCCGAGACAGAGCAGGAAAAGGAGAAGCCAGCCCCGGCAGAGUCGAGUCCCGAGGCCAAGCGCAGCGACGAGACAGGUGACCCCAAAGCAGGCUCGUCUACUACCGGUCCAGACGCUUCAGGCCAAUUCAACAUCGAUGCUCCGGCUUUCGUGCCGAAAAUCGAGGACAUCCCCGAUAUCGUCGAGCUGCUUCCCAACCACCACAAGUCUCGUCUCCGCCAGUUCUAUCAGGCAUACAACGGGUCUUACUGCACCUACUACGUUGGCACGCUUAAGAGCUUUAACACGCGGAAUGGCUACGGAUUUCUGGAGUGCCGGCAAGCCAAAGCAGACUGGGGAGUGGACGUCUUCAUCCACAAGAAUAACGUCCAAACGCCUUGGUUCCUUGGGCAGCCCGUGGAGUUCGCGGUGCAGGUGAACACUCGCGGCCAGCCACAGGCAUAUGACUGCAACUGGUUGCCGCGACUACCUCCUCAGGGAAACAAGGUGACUCCUGGAACAGUGCCAGCCGUUCCUGGAGCAGGUCCAUACACCGCUAGCAGCUCGAGCUCCAAUGCAAAUGCGACCCCGGAGCAGCGAGCGCCGCCCCAGCCGAAAGCGCCCAAGAUGUCUGACGAGCCGCGGAGACUUGGAACACUAAAGAGCUUCUCGCAAACUCAUGGCUAUGGCUUCGUGGACUGCGCUGAGACCAAAGCUGCCUACAAUCGGGAUGUGUACUUGGACAAGAGCCAAAUGCGGGAGAAUUCUGCCUGGCAAUGGGGCCAGCUCUUGGAGUUUUCCGUGUCCUUCAACGACCGUGGAAACCCACAGGCACAGCGAGUGAAUUGGGAGCCCGUCCCGCUGAUAGCUUCCAGCCCUUCGAGCGUUCCAGCGUGGAAGAGGACCUACAACGAGAAGACUCAGGAUCAGCUGAAGCGACUGCUGAAGCUGCUGCAUGAAAACAACCCGGAGACCGCCAUCGUCACAGCUAUCGACUUGCAGGGUGGCUCGAGUAGUCCGGGUUCCGCGGCACAGCCGGCGCCAGAGGCCCCGCCGGACGCUGAUGUUGACUAUGUCUUCUUCGUGCUGGAUCGCUUGGAGAACAAGGAAGAGGUCCUCAAAGCCAUUAAGGACUUUGUGAAGAUGCUUUUCGUGCUUAUGCUCUCUCGCAUGCUGAGGACGCAGCCAUCCAUGAAGCGCGUAGAGCAGCUCAUCGAGUGGUACGAGGCCGUGGCUCAGGCGAUCCAGACCACCAGCGACGCCGUUAGACAGCAUUUCCAGGAUGUCGUGAAGCAGAUCAACACCCACAUUCAGAAUGCUGCCAAAGAGAACGACCACUUGCAGAAUGAG